UUCAAAUUCAUUCAUCUAAACUUUUUACGUCCCAUCACCAAAACGCUCUCCUUUCUCCUCUUCCCCUUCCCCCCUUCCCCCUUCUCCCAAAAAUCCUCUCUUUUAACACAAACACACAAUUCUUUUUUUUUUCUUUUUUUUUUUCUUUUUCUUUUUUCUAAAUAAUUAAAUUAAAUUCAAAUCAAAUUAAAAAAAAACUCUCUUUUUCCCUUCCCCAAGAAAACAAACAAUCCCACCACAACAACAACACACACACUCUACCUUUCCCGUGAAAAAAAAAAAAAAAAAAAAAAAAAAAAAGAAAAAGAAAAAACCUUCCAAUUUUCCCAUCUCUCUCUUGAUCUCUUCAAAGCCCAAAGUCCCACUCUUUUCCAUUACAAAAAGAAAAAAAGAAAAUGGAUUCAGUGUCUGAAUCCGGCGGGGGUGGUGCAUCGGAGAGCACGGGGGAGGGUUGUUCAUCGGCAACGGGAACGGGAACGGCAGCGGCGGCGGGGGUGGCUCCACCGAGCCGAUAUGAAUCUCAAAAAAGAAGAGAUUGGAACACUUUCUUACAAUAUUUGAAGAACCAUAAGCCGCCACUGUGUUUAGCUCGAUGCAGUGGUGCUCACGUGAUCGAAUUCUUGAAGUAUUUGGAUCAGUUCGGAAAAACGAAGGUCCAUGCUUCCCCCUGCCCUUACUUCGGUCACCCAAAUCCACCUGCCCCCUGCCCCUGCCCCCUCAAACAAGCUUGGGGUAGCCUCGACGCUUUGAUCGGCCGCCUCCGUGCCGCUUACGAAGAGAACGGUGGCCGCCCCGAAUCCAACCCAUUUGCCGCACGUGCCGUCAGGAUUUAUCUCCGUGAGGUUCGCGAAGCUCAGGCUAAAGCCAGAGGAAUUCCUUACGAGAAAAAGAAACGGAAAAGACCCGCCCCCACCGCCCCUCCGCCAGAGACUAGUACCUCCACCACCGCCACCGCCACCACCGGGGAUAAUCAGCCUGAAACAACCGCUGGUGGCGGUGGUGACGAUCCCGCCGUUGCUCCUCCGCCGUCCACAACCGCCGCUUCCACCUCCGUAUAGUCUCUCAAUUACUUCUUCUUCUUCCUUUUUUUUUUUUUUAAAAUAUUUUUCCUUGAAAUAGCAUCUCAUCAUCUCUCUUAAUUGUGAUUAUGAGUUUUAUUUAAUCAUAUAAAUAUUAAACCUAUUAAUUCUCAUUAA